UGUAAGUUUAUCACAGUGGUACUUAUCUUAUAGGCACGUUCCCUUCCCACCUGCGCCAUCUCUCGGCCGUCCGUACAAGUUCUUUCCCUCCCAAGACGGAGCCAUGGCUCGAGGACCAAAGCAUCAUCUGAAGCGCCUAGUGGCCCCAAAAUCAUGGAUGCUGGACAAGCUUGGCGGCGUGUACGCGCCCCGGCCCUCCACCGGCCCACACAGGCUUAGGGAGUGCCUGCCGCUUGUCAUUCUGCUGCGUAACCGCCUCAAGUAUGCUCUGACCAACACUGAGGUCAUGAAGAUCACUAUGCAGCGUCUGAUCAGGGUCGACGGCAAGAUCCGAACUGACCGCAACUUCCCUACUGGCUUCAUGGAUGUCGUCAGCAUCAAGAAGACUGGCGAACACUUCCGCAUCCUGUAUGACGUGAAGGGUCGCUUCAUUGCUCACCGCAUCACUGACGAAGAGGCCAAGUACAAGCUGUGCAAAGUGAAGAAGGUGUCUGUUGGCCCCAAGGGUGUUCCAUUCCUUGUGACCUCUGACGGCAGGACGAUCCGCUACCCAGACCCCCUUGUGAAGGUCAACGACUCCAUCCUGUACGAUCUGGAGAAGGGGAAACUGAAGGACUUCAUCAAGUUUGAUUCAGGCAACCUAUGCAUGAUUACUGGUGGCCGUAACUUGGGGAGAGUUGGCACCAUUGUCUCCCGAGAGCGCCACGCCGGGAGCUUUGACAUUGUACACGUGAAGGAUGCUGUUGGCCACACCUUUGCCACCAGGCUGAACAAUGUCUUUGUCAUCGGCAAGGGGAACAAGGCCUACGUGUCCCUCCCCCGUGGCAAGGGCAUCAAGCUCACCAUCGCCGAGGAGCGUGACCGCAGGCUGGCGCAAAAAGUAAACUAAGGCCAAGAAUCUGGAGUAAAAAAAUGACAGUG